UCUACAGGGACGUCAUGCAGGAGAACUACGAGACGGUGACCUCGCUGGGAUUCCCCCUUCCCAAACCUGACCUGAUUGUCCGGCUGGAACGAGGAGAAGAGCCUUGGUUGCCCGAUCUCUGGACCUGCAAUGACAGAAGGCUUCCGAGAUGCAUCCAUACAGGAGCUGAGCGAGGGAGUGAGAAUGAGGAGGAGAAUCAUCAUGAGGAAGUUCCUCGGGAAGUGGAACCACAGGGGACCUUUCUGGGAAGAGCUGAAGGCAAUUUUUCCCAGUGCUUGGAGCAGGGAGAAUCCUGGGGAAAUUGGCACAGGUCAGAGAGGCUUCUGGGAAACCACCCAGGGAAGAAAGUGGAUGAAUCUAUUAAUGGUGGGGGAGGAGAGGAGGAUCCCAGAGCGCAGCAGACAAAUCCCAAGGAAGAGACACCCUGGCACUACCUUCAGUGUGGGAAAGGAUUCAUUGUGAGAUCACAGCUUGUGACACAUCAGACAAUCCAUACUGGAGAGAAACCCCUUCAAUGCUUGGACCGUGGGGAAAGCUUCAAUAAGCUCUCAGAUCUUAAUAACCACGGGAGAGGCCACAGUGGAGAAAAACCCUCUCAAUCCCUCGAGUGCGGGAAAUGUUCCAUUUCGAAGACACAAAUAAUUAGACAUCAGUUAAGCCACAAUGCGGAGAGACCCCACAAGUGCUUGGAGUGUGGGAAAAAAUUCAAAGUGAGGUCAAACCUUAUUAACCAUCAGGCAAUCCACAGAGGAGAGAGACCCCACAAGUGCUUGGAGUGUGGGAAAAGUUUCAUACGAAGGGCAGACCUUGUUCAACAUCAGGCAAUCCACACAGGAGAGAGACCCCACAAGUGCUUGGCCUGUGGGAAAAGUUUCAUACGAAGGUCACACCUAGUUCGUCAUCAGGCAUUACACAGAGGAGCAAGACCCCAGAAGUGCUUGGAAUUAGGGAAAUGUUUCAUACAAAGAUCAAACCUUGUUCAACAUCAGGUACUCCACACAGGAGGGAGACUCCACAAGUGCUUGGAGUGUGGGAAAAGUUUCAUACGAAGGUCAGACCUUGUUCAACAUCAGGCAAUCCACACAGAAGGGAGGCCCCACAAGUCCUUGGACUGUGGGAAAAGUUUCAUAAGAAAGACAAACCUUGUUGAACAUCAGGCAAUCCACAGAGGAGAGAAACCCCACAAGUGCUUGGACUGUGGGAAAAGUUUCAUAAGAAGGUCACACCUUGUUCAACAUCAGGCAAUCCACACAGGAGAGAAACCCCAUAAGUGCUUGGAGUGUGGGAAAAGUUUCAAAGUGAGGUCAAACCUUAUUAACCAUCAGGCAAUCCACAGAGGAGAGAGAACCCACAAGUGCUUGGAGUGUGGGAAAAGUUUCAUACGAAGGGCAGACCUUGUUCAACAUCAGGCAAUCCACACAGGAGAGAGACCCCACAAGUGCUUGGACUGUGGGAAAAGUUUCAUACGAAUGUCACACCUAGUUCGUCAUCAGGCAUUACACAGAGGAGCAAGACCCCAGAAGUGCUUGGACUUAGGGAAAUGUUUCAUACAAAGAUCAAACCUUGUUCACCAUCAGGCAAUCCACACAGAAGGGAGGCCCCACAAGUCCUUGGACUGUGGGAAAAGUUUCAUAAGAAAGACAAACCUUGUUGAACAUGAGGCAAUCGACAGAGGAGAGAAACCCCACAAGUGCUUGGACUGUGGGAAAAGUUUCAUAAGAAGGUCACACCUUGUUCAACAUCAGGCAAUCCACACAGGAGAGAAAUCGCAUAAGUGUUUGGAGUGUGGGAAAAGUUUCAAAGUGAGGUCAAACCUUAUUAACCAUCAGGCAAUCCACAAAGGAGAGAGACCCCACAAGUGCUUGGACUGUGGGAAAAGUUUCAUACGAAGGUCAGUCCUUGUUCAACAUCAGGCAGUCCACACAGGAGAGAGACCCCACAAGUGCUUGGACUGUGGGAAAAGUUUCAUAAGAAAGUCACACCUAGUUCGUCAUCAGGCAUUACACACAGGAGGGAGACCCCACAAGUGCUUGGAGUGUGGGAAAAGUUACAUACAAAGGUCACAGCUUGUUCAACAUCAGACAAUCCACACAGGAGAGACUCCAGAGGUGCUUGGACUGCGGGAAAAGUUUCAUAUAGGGGUCUGACCUCAUUAAACAUGGAAAGAUCCACACAGGAUUUAAACUUCUGUGACACAUGGCAAGAAAAGAUUAAGCAACUUGUAUGUAAUACACUCAGAUUCAACUUUUAGAGAGAGAUUUUAAAAGUGUGUCCACCUUAGUAAGCUAGAGUUUGACAUGUAAAUGUGUAUUUUGAAAGACUUGGAAGAAGAGGGCAAGUCAUGGCUGAGUAACUAAUUGCCUUCUAUGAGGAGAUAAGUGGCUCUGUGGAUGAGGGAAAAGCAGUGGAUGUGUUAUUCCUUGACUUUUGAGCUGUAUAAGUAGGGGCAUUGCCAGGAGA